GCCUUAAAGAGGCCGGCGCGGCGGGGCGGGCUGUAGGGGCCGCGGGUCGCGGCGAUCUUCUCAGUUUCGGUUGGACCGCAGCGCAGCCACCAUGUCCCUGGCGGCCUCGGCGGGCAGGGGCCCGGGGGCCGUGUGGUCCCCAACGCACGUGCAGGUGACGGUGCUCCAGGCUCGGGGCCUGCGGGCCAAGGGCCCCGGGGGCACGAGCGACGCGUACGCAGUGAUCCAGGUGGGCAAGGAGAAGUACGCCACCUCCGUGUCGGAGCGCAGCCUGGGCGCGCCCGUGUGGCGGGAGGAGGCCACCUUUGAGCUACCGCCGCUGCUGUCGGCUGAGGCAGCGCCCGCCGCCGCCGCCGCCGCCGCCACCCUGCAGCUCACCGUGCUGCACCGCGCGCUGCUCGGCCUCGACAAGUUCCUGGGCCGCGCCGAGGUGGACCUGCGGGAGCUGCACCGGGACCACGGCCACAGGAAGACCCAGUGGUGUACCUUGAAAUCCAAACCGGGGAAGAAGAAUAAAGAACGAGGAGAAAUUGAGGUUGACAUCCAGUUUAUGAGAAGCAACAUGACCGCUAGCAUGUUUGACCUUUCCAUGAAAGACAAGUCUCGGAAUCCCUUCGGGAAACUGAAGGACAAGAUCAAGGGGAAGAAUAAGGACAGCGCGUCAGAUACCGUGUCAGCCAUCAUCCCCAGCGUGACGCCCUCGGCUGACAGCGAUGACGAGUCUCCUUCGAAAGACAAGAAGAAGAAGUCAAAGCUCAAGACCUUGUUUUCCAGGUCCAACCUGCAGAGAGCACCACUUUCCCAGUCCAUGUCUGUCCUGCCGACUGCAAAGUCAGACAAAGUGCUGCUUCGUCCUGGAGACUUUCAGUCCCAGUGGGAGGAUGAGGACAAUGGCGAGGACAAGUCCUCCUCUGCCUCGGACGUCUUGUCUCACAAGGGAACGGCAAGCGUGGAUCCUAAGCAGCUGAACCAGAUCCACUUCAACCCCCCCAAGAAGGAAGGACUCUCCUUCCUGGGAGGCCUUCGGUCUAAGAAUGACACCCUUUCCCGCUCGAAUGUUUGUAUCAACGGGAACCACGUCUAUGUGGAGCAGCCUGAAGCCAAGAGCGAGACCAAGGGCAGCUCCCCGGCCUCCUCGCCAUCCCCCCAGGGCCUCAGGAAGAAGCAUUUGUUCUCAUCUACAGAAAACCUGGCCUCUCGACCUUUGAAGGAGCCUGGGGAAGGAGGUGCAGUGCCUUCCGAGUCUUCCACAAAGGACUCUCUCAAGUCCAUGUCCCUGCCAUCCUACCAGCAGCUGGUCAGCGGGGACCUUCGGGAGAACGCGGCUCUGGCGACCUUGGAGGCUGCAAAGGAAACCAAAGAGAGUAAGAAACAGGAGAACAAGAAGUCCUCUCUGCUCUCCCUGGUGACCGGGAAGAAGGACACAGCCAAGGGCAGUGAAGGCGAAAGCCCGCCGGCCGCCCCCGGGAAGGAGAGGGAAGGCACGCCCGUGGCGGUCAGAGCCAGUGAGGACCAGCCGGGGCCUGUCGACGACCCUGUGAAGAGAUCGGACGAGGAGACUGCGGCCAUUGUCUCCGGACGGGGCAGAGCCCCGAACCCCUUUGAAGACGUGCAGAUCCCAGAACCAGAAGCUGACCCAGAGCCCAAGGCUGCACCAGCGCCACCUGUUCCCUCACCCAGGGCUCCCCAGACCAGAGCCGUGAAACCCCGACUGGAAGUGUCUUCAGAGGCUCAGCCCGCACCCAGGCUCCCUCCUUCCACUCGCUCUCCUCUCGUGUUCUCUGCUCUCCCUUCCAGUUCUGGUCAGACACCCAUCCCUUCUAAACUGGGGCAUGACUCAGAGCCACAGCCCUUGGACUCUCCUCCUGGCUCCUCUUUCUCCUCUCCUGUAGCGGCCCCCAUUUCCACAUCCACUCCCAUUGAACACUGGCCUCCCACAGAUGUGGGUGAGGCCAGUCCCGAAGAACCGCCUUCGCUCCUUGAACCAGAGCUAGCAAAGGAGAGUUUGACACAAGUUCCGAGUACUGUUCCUUGUGCUGUGGGCUCGCUUUCCAAACAGACACCCAUUCCAGUGGGGAAAGGGAUGGAAGACUCUCCAGUGGGGAAGACCAGCGCUGAUGACCCAGGACAGUCUCUCCGGACGCAGCCUGAAGUGGGGCGAGAAGAAGAGCUUCUGGGGUCUCCCCCCAGGAAACAACGAGGCACCAUCCCUUCAUCUGUCGAGGCCCGAGAAGUAACACCCGCCGCUGCGCUCAGAGGAGGCGGGACGGGCAGCCCUGCCGGGAAGCCCCCGAGGCGGGGAGCCUCAGGCUCUGCGGGUCAAUCUAGGUCUCCUGUGGGGGAUGCAGACGGGGGUGGCGGGAUGAGUCCUGCUGUUAAGGAAGCGGUGCCCCCCGUUCCCGUGGGCGAGUCGGUGCCUCCACUUGACUCUGCGAUGCAGAGACACGAAGAGACGGGUCCGGAUGCCUGUGAGGGCAGAAAGGAAAUCAAGGGGCAGGUGUUGUUUUCCGAGCAGCUCUCUAGGGAAGAGGCGGGGGAGGAGGCCCCUGUGCUGGUCCGCGGGGACAGAGGUGACCCCCAGGAGGUGACGCCACAAGGGGCCGCCCCUGGAAAUGCGUGGGACACGGGACACUCCCAGGAGGGCGCGGCUGUGGCUGGACCCUGGCCCGCUGCCCUGGCAGCUCGCCCUCCCUGCCCGUCCUCCAAGGGGAGCUUCUUGGGGGGCCCCGCGCAUGCCGCCAGCUCGGGGAGAGAUGGUCCCCGUCUCAGGAGUCAGGGAGACGACACCCGGAUGGCGCAGAACCAGAGCAAAGCCAGUGACCACGAGGGUCUGCUGUCUGACCCCCUGCACGGCCUUCAGUCCUCCUGCGAGGCAAAGCCCCCAGCCCUGGCCCAUCUGGACUUGACCCUGCCUUCCAUCCCUGAAGUCGCUUCGGAAGAUGAGAGAGGAGAUCAGCUUGAAGAUGACAGAGGGGUGGCCCCGGUGGCAGCUCUGGGAGGAGGGGCUUCUUCCCCGAGCACGUGGCCCGCCCAUGCUGAGCGGGAGAGGGCGCCCAGCAGGGAGGCCGAUGGGUCAGCAGGGGGCCUGCGCGAGCCCAGGCCGGGAGCGCCCAGAGCACCCGCCCCCGCUUCUGCAGAGCAGACCACAGCCUUGGAGGUUGAGGAACCACAGUCGCCGGGCCCCGGUGACAGCGGGGAGGCAAAACCAGUGGGAGAUGGGAGGCCGGGUCAGCCUCCAGCCGCAGCCCUGGAUUCCCUUGUGUCCGGCCCCCCCUUUUCUGAGCCCUUUCCUGCCACACGCUCUUUUCCCACCUGUGCACACUCUGACACCCACCACACCAGUACAGCAGAAUCUCAAAAAAAAGCAGCAGUCGAGGGCUCCGCGGGUAAAGUGGAAAAUUCUGGCAAGAGGAAGCCGCUUCUUCAGGCCUGGGUCUCACCCUCAGACACACAGCCCGUCUCGGCUCGGCCAAGCGCUGGAAGCGGGUCGGCCAAGCACAGACUUCAUCCCGUGAAGCCGAUGAACACGGCAGCCACCAAGGUCGCUCUCUCCAGCUCGGGAACUGCCACCAUCAUCAGUGAGAACUUGGUCAACGAAGCCAUGAUGAAGAAAUACAAGCCCUCGGAACCCGCGUUUGCUUAUGCACAGCUGACCCACGACGAGCUGAUCCAGCUUGUCCUCAAACAGAAGGAAACGAUAAGCAAGAAGGAGUGUCAGGUGCGCCAGCUGGAAGACUACAUCGACAACCUGCUGGUCAGGGUCAUGGAAGAGACCCCCAGCAUCCUCCGGGUUCCCUCUCAGGUUGGCAAAAAAGCAGGAAAAAUGUGAAUCACUUGCCUCCGGCACUGAGACUUGUGUGUGAGUUUGUUUCCGCCUGCUCCCAAGGCCGAGGACUCGGUGUGCCUGAGAGCCCCAGGGUCCAGGCUCCAGGCCGCUCUCUCCCUCGCGCCUUAUCUGGCAAGAGUCAGUCCCACCCACAGAAGCCAGGUUAAUUAUUACAAUGAAUCUUUUAUUGGACAUUCCCAGGGUUUUAUUUUUAAAUGCCACUGUGCCUUUAACCAACUUGUAAAUAUUUUAUGCCUGACCGUAGACAUGGUCAUUAGAUCUGAUCCUGGCCCAGAGGUUCAGAUGGCGCUGGGGGUAUUAAUGUAUUUUUAACAUUGGGGUUUUCUUUCUUUAAUAUUGAGAUUUUAAAGUACGUCUCCCGGGCUUCCCUGGUGGCGCAGUGGUUGAGAAUCCUCCUGCUAAUGCGGGGGACACGGGUUGGAGCCCUGGUCUGGGAAGGUCUCACAUGCCGUGGAGCAACUAGGCCCGUGAGCCACAACUACUGAGCCUGCGCGUCUGGAGGCUGUGCUCGGCCAUUAGAGAGGCCACGAUAGUGAGAGGCCCGCGGACCACGAUGAAGAGUUGCCCCCACCUGCCACAACUAGAGAAAGCCCUUGCACAGGAACGAAGACCCAACACAGCCAAAAGUAAAUAAAUAAAAUUAAAAAAAAAAAAAAGCCAAUAGGACUAGGAGGGAGAAACCAUACCUUGGAAAAAAUCUUUAAAAAAUAAAAAAAUAAAAUAUAAAGUACGUCUCCCCCAGCCAUUAAAACUUAGGGUGAGAUGACGAGGACCAGGCAGUUGGUGCGGUGUUGCACAUACUUUCUUGGCCUUUGAGUAGCCCAGCUGUGGCGUUUUGGCUGCAGAUGCUAAGUUUUGAUACUAUGUAAACCUACCCAGCUCCUCGGACUUGGUCUUUUGUUUUCGACUGGAGCAGAGGGGCUUAGGGUACACCUCCGAGUGUGCCUCUGAUAUUUGGAGCAAGCUGCCUUUUUCAGACAUCAGCCUCCGCUACUCUGUAGCCUUAAAGUGUGCUCUUUAUCAUCCAAGAGGGGCUGUCUGUGGAGGUACGGAAAGUAGACCAGGGGAAUUAGAAUCACUUUGCACUGGGGCAGUUGGUCAAAAUCCCUCCUCUUGUGAUCGCAGGGUCCCUGCUGGCUGGAGUGACCGAGUCAGUGCCUUGAUUAGGGAUCGGGUGAGCCAAGCAUUUGCUAAAACAGUCCCACCAGGUACGGAACAACUGCAGCGGCAUCCACUGGCCCUCUCCCACGUGCCGUCGCUUGGCUCCCUGGUUCCCUUAGCAGCUCUUCUUGGCAUUUCCCUCCCCCACCCCUUGUUAUAAAAUUGUGAAGAGCAAGAUGAUACCUAUUUUUAGAUGGCUGUAUUUUUAAAACUAGAUUAACAUACUUUUUUUUUUUUUUUAAACUAGGACACUUGCCCCCUUCUCAACUAAUAGCACCAGUUCAGAGUCUUCAGGUAAUUUCGUUGUUAGUAACCUGAUAUUGGAAUUGGAAUGUUUUCUGUAUUACUCAUUUUUUUCUCCCAGUUGUGACAGAAUCUCUUCAAAUCCCAACAUCUCUCCUGGGAGGAGAAUGUCACAGGCCAAGUGGGUGGGCAGGGGUUGAGAUGAGAGCGGUUAUUAAAUGGAACGCUCUUCUAUGUUCAUUCUUGUUAUAUUGAAGUUAAGAGGCAAGGUGAUUGGCAGUGGAAUCCCUUUUCAGGAUCACGUUUGCUGCCACGUUAGUUAAUAUCAGAGCACUUUAAUCUGAAGGAUGAUACUGUAACUUGAUUUAGCUAAUUUGCUUUGAAUUAUCGAUAGCUCUUUUAUUUAAUACCCUCCUACAGUACUGGGGACCACUGUAAACUUCUCAGAUGACUUGUAUUUUUGUAGCGCUAUGAGAUUUCCGUGCAUCCCUGUAAAGAGAACUGGAUAUUCCCUGGAACUCUGCAAAUGCACGUGUAUAUAUUUGUUCUGCAAUGUUUUUUACUUGAUGUCAAUGUACUUUGACGGUGAUGCCCACGUGCACUGGGUGGCGGGAGCGCUGAGUGGUUUCUCCUCGGAAGAGCCGCUACGGAGACCUGCAUGCUUCCCAAGAGCUGGUUGUUGUGGAAAGAUCUGCUGCUAGGACCUCGGGGAUGGGAGCCGGUCUCUGUUUGAGAGGAACGGUCUCUGUUUGAGAGGAACGUCUGGGUGGAGGAGCAAAUUCCUCUGCUCUGUAUGCCACUCGAGAACUCUGGAGAAUGAAGGACAAUCUACUUCAGGGGUGUCUGGUUUCUACCACUGCUGGGAAAAAAAUUCCAAUGCAGGUAGCAUUCCUGCACCUCUCAAGGUCACCGGUUAACGCCUGUCCUUGAGGACUCUGCUGUGAGGGAGAACUCAGCUAGGAAAGCUGGAGCCUGCUCUGAGCUGUUGGCAGGGGCAGGUGGACUGGAGGGCUGGAGCUCCUGCAGCCGGCGUGGGUCUGAGGGCUUACACCCAGCUGUCUAUACCAGGAGAGCCUGAAUUAGCCUCUAGCUGCUGAAAGUGCUCACCAAACUGACGGGCCCUAGGAGGAGGCCAUGCUCUGCAGAAGCAGGAGCAGCUCUUUCUUGGCCUUGCCUGGCUGACCCCCUGGAAGACCAGUCAGUACUUCAGGGAAGCAUCCGAUGAAAUACCAAACACCUUGCGAUGAACUUCAGUGGGAGGUCAGCGUCCAGAAAAAAAUGUCAACCCUUUGCCCGGGUGUUUCAUAUCAUCUCAGUCCUUGGACUUUGACAGAUGUCCUGCCCACCCCUUUUACUUCCUGUGUGUCGGCCUCUCCGGGUAACAGAAUGGAGGGGCAGGAAGGUCUGUCCUUUGCCACACGAACAGCGUUGACCCUGAGUGGAGGGUGCGUGCGUGGUGAGUGGGAUACGUGUGUGGUUUCCAGCUUUGCUAACAGUGGGGGCUCGGAAGGGCAAAGAGGGAGGAGGGUCCACGACACUCAGCCACCUGCCGGAUUGAAGGCCAGAGGCAACCUGAUGUGAAAUUAGGCACGAUCUUCCCUCCCUGUGCCCCUUCUUUUUUAGAACUGCUAACUAAUGGUCCCUCAAGGCUGAAGGAUCUGUUGCCUUAGGUGAGUGGAGAGCUUAACCUCCAGUUAAGCUUAACCUCCACACCAGCCUCAACCCUGUGGUUUCUCAGUAUCUAUCAUGUGAGCUGCUAACUUGACCUCUUCCUCCCUCUGACUUGAAAGUUCACCCAGCAUCUCUGGAUUACAGAAUUCUUAUUUCCUGCUUUGUUACUUCAGGAAUUUUGAACUUCUUUGCUUUUAUUUUUAAGAAGUAACCUAAAAUUUCCUACAACACUAAAUAAAAUGGCACUACCUUUCAAAGA